CCCGUCAGAAGUUCCAAUCAUUAGAUUUUGCAUUCGCGUUUUAUGAUGUAUAUGCCCGCGCUGUUGGUUUUGAUACGCGCAAACAAGGGAUGAGGAAGGUGGACGAUGUUACAACGUGGUAUUAUGUCGUAUGCAAUAGGGAAGGCCAGAAGAAGUCUAACGAGGAUGACCAAUUGAAUGCACGUUCUGGUUUCUCAAUGAAGCACCGACGGUUAUCCAGGCGCUGUGGUUGUAAAGCGAGUAUAUCAUUCAAGUACUUCUCUGAAAGAGGACAUGCAUGUUAUAUAGUACAGGAUUUCAACGAGGUUCAUAACCAUGAUAUGGUUGAGUCAGAGCAUCAGCAUUUUAUGUCCAUUAAUCAUCCUCUGGAUGAUGUUCAUCAGAAAUUUCAUACUUGAUUGUUCAAAAGCGAAUAUUGGCCCCAUACUUACAUUUAAGGUGUUGAAGGAAACUCUCGGUGUGUUUGACCUUAUCAGUUGUACGGUUGGUGAUAUUAGGAAUGUUUCACAGGACAUCAAAGCAUACGCACAUGGAUUCGAUGUGCAAAUGGUGUUGGAUGACAAGGCUAAGAAGAAGGAAAUGUCCGAGUCGUACACAUAUUACUACGAAGUUAAUGAAAAAAACCAGUUGGUUACUCUGUUUUGGUGUGAUGGCUUGAUGAAGAGGAAUUACCACAUGUUUGGUGAUAUUGUAGCCUUUGACUCCACGUAUAACACAAACUGGUAUUGUAUGAUCUUCACUCAUUUCACGGGAAAGGACAAUCAUGGUAGACCUGUAACUUUUGCGGCUGGAUUGGUGUGCAAUGAGAAAACAGGGGCAUUUGGCUGGUUGUUUAGGGUUUAGGGCAUAACACCGAAGAUGUUAUGCAUGGGCAUUCAGACAUUUCGUUGAAUGCAUGGGCAUAACACCGAAGAUGAUCGUGACAGAUCAAGACUUGGGCAUGAAAGCAGCCAUUGAAGAGGUUCUGGUUGGCACGCGACACCGAUGGUGUAUGUGGCAUGUAAUGCAUAAGUUGGCCACCAAGGUUCCAAAUAGGUUGUUGAGGGAUGACGAUUUCAAGAAGGAAUUUAAUGCAUGCGUGUGGUCAGAUCUCCUUGAGCCCGACGAAUUCGAAGAGGAGUGGAAAAGAGUUGUGGAACGUCAUGGGUUGGAAGGCUUUGACUGGUUCAACACAUUGUACGACUAUAGGCAAUUCUGGAUACCGGCGUACUUUAGAGAUUUUCCUCUGGGUUCGAUGAUUAGGACUACGUCCAUUUCCGAAUCGGAGAACAGUUUCUACAAAAAAAAUUUGAAGCCACGUGCAAACAUAGCCGAAUUCUACCUGAAUUUCAACCAUGCUGUUGAAUUCUAACGGAACAGUAGAACAACGUUAGACUACCACGAUGCCACUGUUUUGCUCAUUUUGGCCACUACGUUGCCAUUCGAGAAACAUGCUUCGACGCUAUACACCGAUACUAUGUUCAAGAAAAUACAGGAAGAAAUCGUUGAGGGUAAUGACAGAUGUCGCGUGCUAGGUUUUUCUUCGACAGAAUUUGUUGAUACCUAUAAGCUUAGCAAUCGCAAUUCGUAUUCGGUGACACAUGAUAAGAGUGAUGAUUCAUACUGUUGCGAAUGUAAACUCUUCGGUAGGCAUGGAUAUUUGUGCAGUCAUAUCUUUUUUCUGUUCAGGAACAAUGAAUUAAAAAAAUACCAGAUAAAUACCGCCAAAGCAGAUGGAUGAAGACUCUGUUAGCCAAGGCUGUCCAUGGGGAGUUUUAUGAUGGCCUUCCUACCAGGUCUGUUGUUGACGAUUGGCAAACUCUGUCAAAUCAAGGCAUUUCGAUGUUCUACAGUUUCCUCCGGCGAUUUGAGGGGGACAUUGAAGUGGUUCGGGCAUUUGUAGGUGGUGUGGAAGAACUUGGUAAUUCUCUUCAAGCUGGGAAUCCUACAACGUUCGCAUCUGAAAAAAGGCGAAUGAUUGAAGAGUUUUAUGGUAUGGUGCGGCCUGAAGUUGUUGAGGUCCAUCCUCCAGAUGUUGUCAAGACCAAGGGCCACGCAAGCAGCUCAUCGAGCUGUCUGAUUUUGAAGAUAGAAAAGGCUCUAAAGGAUGCUAGUAGGCCUCUUAGAUGGUGUAAGGCAUGUGAUGAGAUGGGCCAUCAUGACUUUAGAAAUUGUCCAAUGCAUAAAGAGAUGGCGAUGGAGAAAGAGUUGGAGAAGGGCAAGCGUCCGACUUGAUGUAUUUUGUUGUUUUCUUUAGCGAGACUGUCUUAUGUUUUUCGUCGUUUUUCGUAUGUUGUGCUGUGUUAGACUGUCAUAUUUCAUUACACCGAACUAAAAUCAAGCAUUGAUGGUUUCUAUAAA